AUGGUAGAGUCAUUACAGAUGUUUUUAUUUCUUUUCAAAUCAAAAUACAGACGAAAAUGUUCUUGGUUCUCGCCAUUUCUGUGUUCAGUCUUGAUCGUGUUAUUGUUUUGUAAUGGUGUUCUUACUAAGUGUAGUGAUCACAAUUGUGUGAAAGGUGUGUGUAAAAAUGAUACUUGCGUGUGUAAUGAAGGGUGGCAGGGACCCGAGUGCCAGCACUGCGGCGGUAAAAUAAAAUUAACAGAACUAUCUGGCAUCAUAACAGAUGGUGCCGGUAAUUACAGUGUAAGCACACAAUGCUCAUGGCUUAUAUCACCUCCGGUUGUGCCUUCGCCUUCCCCUAUAAGGAUACGGUUAGAAUCAUUUGCAACAGAGUGUGGUUGGGACCACAUGUAUGUCUAUGAUGGUGAUAGUGUAAGGGCUGAGAAAUUAUUGGCUGUGUUUAGUGGUGUACUUGAAGAAGGGGAGUCUGGUUGGACGAGCCAAGUGAUAGCGCGCUCUGGCAGUGCACUUAUACAUUUCUUCUCUGAUGAUGCAUACGCGAUGGAAGGGUUCAACGUUACGUACGCAACGUAUUCGUGUCCGUCAAAUGAUCAUAGGACGAAUUGCUCUAAUCAUGGCGAAUGUGAAGAAGGCACAUGUAGAUGCGAGCCUGACUGGAUAGGGGUAGCCUGUGAUCAUCCUCUUUGUCCUGACAACUGCAAUGCUGAAUAUGGUUCAGGGCAAUGCACCUCACAUGGCUGUGAAUGUACACCUUCAAGAACUGGAUCAGAUUGCAGUAAGGAUAGUUCUCAGGGAUCUUGGGGUUGGGAGUGGAAGGAAGAGGGAGAAGGAGGAGACAGGCCAGAAAAUACCCCACCAGCAGCAGCAGGACAUUCACUGUUAGUGUAUGGAGAUGACUUGUUAAGGAUCGGUGGGGAGACUUUCUCGCAGGCAGAGUUUGUGUUCAGAUAUAAUACAGCGAAACGUGGAUGGACUACAAUGGAGGCUCGCGGGGAAUUACUGGCCCCAAGAUUCGCACACUCCUCCAUAAUCUAUGGCAACGAGAUUAUUGUCUAUGGAGGUGUUGUGGCGUCAGACGAGCCUGAUAGGGGUGGUGGUCUAGCAGGCGUAGAAGGCCGUGGUGGCGAAGUGACCAACGAAGUCUGGCGGGGAAUGAUAGACGCGGAAUCCGUUCAAUGGCGGAAUGUCACACCCACAGCUUGCUCUCCGCAUUACAGACCGCCGCUAGGACAUUGUGGUGGUCUCCAUUUAUCGGGUCACACGGCGGUUUUAGUACAUUUGGGUAAAACCAAGAAACCAGUGAUGUUGGUAUUCUUCGGGCAUUCCCCGCACUACGGUUACAUGCAUUUGGUACAGGAGUAUUACAUAGACGAAGGUAUAUGGUCAGUCGCAGUCACCCGUGGGUGGCCAGCUCGUGCGGGCUUCGGUCACACGGCCGCGUACGACGAUUUAUCACGUAGAGUGUACGUGCACGCGGGAUUAGUAUCGGAGUCGGAGGCUACUCAGGCUCCGUCAGCGGCGCUGUACGAAUACGAAAUUGAGACGCGCAUUUGGAGGCCACUGCCUUCCGCUCCCACGCCCCGAUAUUUACAUUCAGCGGUAUUUGUGGCACCAGGUGUAAUGUUAGUGUACGGUGGUAAUUCACACAACGACAGCGCAGUCGCAACUGUAUCGAAUCCUGCGACUGCUAAAUGCUUCUCUGGGGCUGCUCUUUUAUAUGAUGUUAGAUGUCAGCAAUGGCUGCCUGCACCCAUCGGCCCUUUAUCUGCUAGAAUAGGUAGUGCAGCGUCAGUCUUACCCUUACAGGAUCGUCGAACCGCUAUCAUAUACGCUGGGUUUGACGGCCGGCUUCGUUCAGAUGCCCUAAAAUUUACUGUUGGUGAUAAGUGUUCCUCGCGCUCAGACGAAGCCGCGUGCCUGAAUACAGCGCAGUAUGGACUUGCCUGUGUGUGGAAGCAGGAUAGCUGUAUUGCGAUUGAAGAAAUUGGUUGGAAGGACUCGUUCGAUAGUUCCGUGAAGGCUUGCGUGGCACCACCGGUUUUUGAUGACCGUCGAUGCGCAAGCGCAGAAUAUUGUGAGUCGUGCGCAGCAGCUAAUUGCGCAUGGUGCGGUGCGUGCAUGGCUUCCUCGCAUCACUGUGUCAGACAUUCGCAUCAGAUUGCAGUGAGUGUAGAAGAAUGCGGGUCAGGCGGGUCUGGCGGUGAGAUGUGUGCGCGGUACCACUCCUGCGCAGCCUGUCACGCCCAUCUUCACAGACAUCCCCAUGGUUCAGAGGAGUUGAGCCAACGAGCUUGUUAUUGGGACUAUGAUUCAGUUAAAUGUCGUCCAGCUAAUACUACUACGGAUAUAAGAAGCGUGGCCGCAGCUAGUGGUUGUAACGCAGCGUGUGCGACGUUAACAACGUGUGCUAAUUGCACGGCCGAGGAGUGUAUUUGGUGUGCUUCUACGGGACGGUGUGUUGAUAAGAAUGCUUAUGGUGCCUCAUUUCCACUUGGUGGAUGCCGUGCCUGGUCGACCAACGGAUGUACUUCCAAUCACGUAACCGGAUGUGCUGCUCACGUAUCCUGUGCUUCAUGCAGAGCAGAACCAGCGUGUGGCUGGUGUGAUGAUGGAGCUGGAGGGGGAAGGGGCAUAUGUCUUCCGGGAGGAGAGAGACGUCCACAUCAUCCACAUAUUUGUCCGCACCGACGAUGGCACUUCACUCACUGCCCCGCAUGCCAGUGUAAUGGCCAUGCGAUAUGUGACAGUGAGAAUCGUUGUAUUCAGCCGUGUGCCGCGCGAGCUGUGGGAGACCAUUGCGAUGUCUGUGCGCCUGCGCAUUGGGGAUCGCCACUUAACGGGGGAGUGUGUCAACCCUGUGAAUGUAACGCGCAAGCCAUCUCGUGCGCAGCGGACACUGGUCGAUGCUAUUGCAGUACCAAGGGAUUGGCCGGAGAUCGUUGCGAUAAGUGUGAUAAUACUAACCAUUAUCACGCCGAUUUAUAUAACAAGGGGUGUUAUUACGACCUAGCCGUCGACUACCAGUUCACCUUCAACUUAUCGAAGAAAGAGGACCGUCACCUAUCCGCGAUCAACUUUCGGAAUGCGCCCGUCAAACCUGAUGUAGACGCGGACUUCAGUAUAACGUGCUCGGCCCACGCACGUAUGAACCUCACCGUGCGUACACGUACGGAUCCGGCAGAGAGAACGCUCUUCAGCGAUGUUAAUUGCACCAAUUUUAGAUAUAAGUUCGCGAAAUCGGAACACGCAUUCGGUGUCGAGGAUAACGUUACGUUAACAACAUUCUUCGUCUACGUAUACGACUUCCGACCUCCGCUAUGGAUACAGAUCUCGUUCUCGCAGUAUCCAAAAUUAAACCUGCAGCAGUUUUUCAUCACGUUUUCGUCGUGCUUCCUACUGCUGUUGCUAGUUGCUGCCGCUCUGUGGAAGAUUAAGCAGAAAUACGACUUAUACAGAAGAAGGCAGCGUUUAUUUGUAGAAAUGGAACAAAUGGCUUCGCGGCCUUUUAGUCAAGUUUGUGUUGAGCUUGAGAGGGGCGGGGCAGGUGCAGGUGUCCCCGCCCCAGUAGCGUUAGAGCCCUGCAAGUGGGGCAGAGCGGCAGUGCUAUCUCUUCUCGUAAGGCUACCUACAGGAGGCACGGGUAGGGCUCCGCCCCUGGGCGGACUCGCAGUGGCCUCAGCCCUUGUCACUUUGGGACACCAUCACCAUGACCGAGCUGAUAGACCUCGGAAUCACAACCAGUGUAAAUAA